CGCAAGGGGGCGCACUAGGGCGCAAGGGGGAGCACCCGGGCGCCACCCGGGCGCAAGGGGGCGCACCCGGGCGCCGCAGCAGGGCGCCGCCAGGGGGCGCCGCGGGGCGCGAGGGGGCGCCCGAAGAGCGCCACGAGGGGGCGCUCCUCCCCGGGGGCGCAGGAGAGGGGCGCCUCCCGGCCGGCCGCAGCGCUCAGCGCAGGGCUCGGCGCCCCCGGCCGGCCAUGAAGGCGGUGAGCCCCGUGCGGCCGUCGGGCCGUCGCGCCCCGUCGGGCCCGGGAGGGGAGCCGGGCCUGCGGGGCUCGGGCGAGGCGGUGGCCCGCUGCAAGCCGGCGGGCGGGCCGGAGGAGGAGGCGGCGGCGGCGGCGGCGGCCGCCACCCUCUGCUUGCAGUGCGACAUGAACGACUGCUACAGCCGGCUGAAGAAGCUGGUGCCCACCAUCCCGCCCAACAAGAAAGUCAGCAAAGUGGAGAUCCUGCAGCACGUCAUCGACUACAUCCUCGACCUGCAGCUGGCCCUCGACACCCACCCGGCGCUGCUCAGGUCCCCGCAGCCCCCCGCACAGCCUCCCCACGCCCCCGCCAACGGACCCCCCGCCCGGACCCCGCUCACCGCCCUCAACGCCGACCCGGCCGGGCCGGUUAACAAGCAAGGGGACAGCAUCCUGUGCCGCUGAGCCGCCCUCCAGGUGUGCGGCGGCAGAGCCAAAGGAGCCCGGAGAGACAGAUUAGGGGGGGAAGAGGAGGGGGGUGCAAAACAAAACGCAGCCGUCGGAGGGGAGAAGACCUCCCCCCCCCCCCCCCCCGAUCCGGGAGAGGACCCAGGCGAUCCUGCACAUCCAGCAGGAUCCUUCCCACCCCCAUCCUCCGCGUGUCCAUCCUUCCAUCGCCGCCAUUUGGAAAAAUCCGGUCCCGGGAAGGGGAUUUGGGAGAGAGGGGUGGGCAUCUCUGCAGCAGCACGCUGGGACCCAAGAGAGCGCUGGGGGCGGGAAGGGAGGGUAGGCCGGAUCCAGAAGAGUUCCGACUUUCUAAGCGUACUUUUUAAGUGUGACCGAAAAGUCGAUUUUUUUCGAAGCUUUACUAAUCUACCGGAGCGUUGUAGAUAAUUUUGGGGGCGGGGGGGACGCGGGGGGGGGACAUCUAUUGUUUAAAAUAGAUGCUUAUAUCGGGGCUAGGGAGGGAAAUCCUUUCCCUCCGCAAGAAUGUUACAUACUGUAUAGAUUGAGUGACAUUUCAUACUGUGUAUAUAUAGAGAUGUUCUAUAAGUGUGAGGAGAGUAUAUGCUUUAAUAGACUCCUGUAAUUAUAAGAUAUUUUUAAUUAAAUAUUUUUUUUGUAAAUAUUCCACGUGUGCUUUUUUUAAGAUGUGGGAAUAUUUCUUUUGGAAAAUUGUGUUUCAGCUCGGGGACGGGGCGGCCCCGGCGAAAAUACCUUGAAUGUCUUCGGUUUGGUUUGUUUUCGUUUCGCCCAACUCGGAAGUUAACAGUUAUAGCUAGGGGUCCUGCAUGGCUGCAUGAGAUGUUUCAUUGCGAAUAAACUUGUUCUGAGUCGACAAAUGUGUUUCCUUUCAUCUAGACGAAGAUAUCUGUAUCUGUAUCAUACGUUUUGAAAAUAGGCUUUCUCGGUUUACAGACGGGGUUUGUUUUUCUUCCUUUAGCCGAUUAUAUAAGAACGACCUGAGGGAUAAUCCGGUGGGGAGGGGUUGGGGGGGGGGGGGAUUUUAUUUUAUUUUAUUUUUUAACCGAGAACUGAAAAUGGAAUCAAAAUACAUUUUGCGUAUGAGGUGAGGGGGUUAAGCGGUUUGUGAACUCCUCUGUUGCAUCAAAAUGAAAAGAAAUUGCAAUCAAACUUCAUUUCACACUAAAGCUUAAUAUCGCAAGCUUUCAUGUCUGUACAGCAUUAUUCAAUUAUAGAAAUGGAAAAUUGUACUCUGCUUGCAACCAAAGGGCAAACUCUUUCAAAUGAAAAUACUGGUGGUUUUUUUUUUCCUUCCUCCAAAGAAUAUUGAUAGCUGAUGGUGGAAAAAGUGUAAUGGUGAAGUCUUCAAGCAGGGGUAUAAAAAAGAGUUUUCAAAACAUUAAGUAGACCAAAAAAUAAAAAAAACUUACGACCGCAUCGAGAUUAUUUUUUUAUACUAAAUGAUUUUCACUAUGGCUUUGUUAGUUACAGUUAAGAUACUGUGCAAUCUCUCGUGGUGUGUUAACUUUUACAUGUGAACAUUAAAGUAGAUUUAUCUGUCA